AUGGCCCGCGUGCAAGUGGGAGCAGCCUGCAAUGGGGCAAGUGUGCAGGUCUCAACGACACGCUGCCCCGUCGACUGCAGCACGCUCGACGUACCGCUCGAUUACACCGACUCGGCCUCGGACAAGAAACUGACUCUCCAGCUGCUGAGAGUGCCCGCCCCUGUCCAGCCCAGCAAGGGUUCUGUCCUUGUCAACUUUGGCGGGCCGGGCUUUGAGGCACGCAACACCCUCGUGACAUAUGCGGAUGCGUUGACAGACUGCUUCUCCUCGCCUGCCGCCUCGGCCCUCAUGACGGCGACAUACCCGCUCAAGGCGCCCGGCCAGGCGGACAACGGGAUGGGCACCCUGUGGGCGGAGGCAGGCGCCUGGGGCCAGGCGUGCGGCAAGAACGAGACGGCGGCCGAGAUGGGUGGGCUGGUGGGCACGGCGUUUGUGGCACGGGACCUGAUGCAGGUCGUCGACGCGCUGGGCGAGGACGGCAAGCUGCGGUACUGGGGCAUCUCGUACGGCACAACGCUCGGGGCGACGGUGGCGGCCAUGUUCCCGGACCGCAUGGACAAGGUGAUCCUCGACGCCGUAGUCAACAGCCACCGGUACUACCACAAUAGUGGCGUCGAUAUUGAUCAGCUGGACUCGGCAGACGAGGCCUGGCGCCUCUUCCUGUCCCAGUGCAUCGAGGCCGGGCCCGAGAAAUGCGCCAUCGCCGCGCUGGGCUCGAACGCGAUAGAGCUCGAGACCGCCCUCGAGAUUGUCCGCGCGUCGUACCGGACAAACCCCGUCGCCGUCAACGGCACCGUGGUGGACUAUACCCUCGUCUCCAACCUGUAUUACUUCUUCGCCCGCAUGACACCCGCGCUGGCCGCCGCGACCUCGCUGCUGCUCAGCAUCGUCACGCGCGAGAACCUCGAGGCCGUGGUCAACGCCUACGCCGCGACCAUGGAGGUGUUUGGCGUGUACGAGCCGCACUACUCGAUCAAGUGCGGCGACCAGUUCCCCCGGUACGACAACCUGAGCGCCGCGGAGCCGGACAUCGAGUACUACAUGCAGUCGUCGCCCCUGUUUGGCGACGUCGCGGUGUCGAUCAGCGCCGUAUGCGCGCGGUGGCCGUUCGCCGCCAAGGAGCGCUACGAGGGCGACUUCCGUGUCAAGACGGCCAGCCCGGUGCUCCUGCUGCAGAACACGUGGGACGCGGCUACGUCGCUCGACUCGGCGUUCAACAUGAGCGCCGGGUUCGAGGGCAGUGUGGUCGUGGAGCAGGAGGGUUUCGGGCACGGCACCUUUGCUCAGCCGUCCAAGUGCUCAAUGGAGUGGACCCGGGCGUACUUUGUCAACGGCACGCUGCCGGACGGCAAUGUCAAGUGCCCUGUUGACGUCUCGCUCUUCUCUUAA